AUGUUGUUAUUCAUAAGUCUUGUAUUGUUCUUUGUAAAAAUUAAUAGUGAGAAUGUUGAAUAUUCGAAGACAUCGAUACAACCUAUUCAUGUACGUAUUCAACAUAUUGACGUAGAUACGCAUUCUGAUAUUGUCAUUGAUAUACAAACACCACAUUUCUCAUGGGAAUUAGCUGAUGAAUAUGAUGAUUAUGGACAACGAAUUCGAAAUAUUGAACAAAUAGGUUAUCAUAUAGCUGUUAGUGCGGUGAUUGAUAAUGAAAUUAUUUGGGAUAGUGGUUAUGUACGUUCUUCUAUAUCUACACAUAUUUUAUACGAAGGCAAACAGUUGAAAUCUGAUACACGUUAUAAGGUAAAUAUAAAAUAUGAAACAAAUAAACAUGAAAGUGAAUGGUAUAGUGUUGAUUUUCGAACUGGAUUAUUUUCAUUAGAUGAUUGGUCAGGUGAAUGGAUUGGAAGUCAAUCGAUGAAUAUGAAUCAAUUACGAACUGUAAUCAAUCUAAAAUCAAAUCCUAUUCGAUCUGCAACUGCUUUUAUUAGUGGUAUUGGUUAUUAUCAAUUGUAUAUUGAAGGAGAAUUAAUUGAUCAGUCACGAAGAUUAGAUGUUGGAUGGACAACAUAUCAACAAAGAACACUUUAUACUUCGUACGAUUUGACAAAUGUAUUGAAUACAAGUGGAUUAAAAGGUAUUGGUGUAAUGUUAGGUCAAGGUUGGUACAAUAAACAACAAUGGGCUAUUGGUCAAGGACCACAUGUUGAACUUUCAUUGAAUUAUGGUCCACCGCGUGUCAUAUUACAAAUCAAUAUAAUUUAUACAGAUGGAACAAAUGAAAGUAUUGUUACAAAUACAAAUUGGUUAGGUCGUGAAGGUGAACAUCGUUUUGAUUCAAUUUAUAUGGGAACAACAGUAGAUUUUCGAGCAGUGCAACUAUGUUGGUCGUGUGCCAAUUUUAGUGAUUUUCGUUUAUGGAUGAAUGCUUCUAUUUUACCAUCACCAGUGAAUUUUACAGCUGGUGGACAAUUUUCUUUGCAAAUCAUGGAUCCUAUUCGUAUUGGUCCCGAUGCAUUGCACAUAGCAACAUCAGGUCAAUUGGGAAAUAUCGACGGAGUAGAAGGAGCAAGUUUAACGGAUGGUGGAAUACUUAAACCAAUUUCACAAGAAUAUGUCAAUGGACAGUUAUUUGAUUUAGGUCAGAAUUUUGCUGGCUGGUGUCGAAUAGCAUCAUUGAAUGCAGCUAAAUCAACAAUAAUUCAACUUCGUUAUGGUGAACUUCGAUAUUCACGUAGUGUUAAUGAAAUGAAUUAUCAUGGAUUAUUCUAUGAAAAUCUUUGUAGUAUUGCUGUAAUGGAUACUGUCAUUUUAAAUGGAACAGAAAAUGAAAUUUUUGAACCGCCAUUUACUUAUCAUGGUUUUCGAUAUAUGUUAAUCAAUGGAUAUGAUCAUAUCAAUAGAUCAGAUGUUGAAUGUUAUAAUGCACAUAGUCAAACAAGAUUAAUUGGUAAUUUUACAAGUAGUAAUCAAGUAAUAAAUCAAAUCCAACAUAAUAUUUUAUGGUCACAAUUGAGUAAUUCAAUGUCAAUUCCAACUGAUUGUGCUCAAAGAAAUGAAAGAAGAGGUUGGAUGGGUGACGCUGGACUUAGUGUUGAUGCAUCUUUAUUUAACUUUGAUUAUAUUAAUUUUUAUAUCAACUUUCUAACAAUGAUUGAAGAUAAUCAAACACCUGAUGGUGCUAUCAGUGAUACUGUACCAUUUACAGUUGGUUCUCGGCCAGCAGAUCCUAAUUGGGGCACAGCUUAUAUAACGAUAGCUUGGUAUUUGUAUGAACAUACAGGUGAUAUAAAUAUAAUUAAGAAUUAUUAUCAAGGUAUUCAAUUAUGGAUUGAUUGUUUAAUUCAACAUUAUGAGCAAACAGGUUUAGCGAGAUUUUACCAUACUUACGGAGAUUGGAAUCCAGUCAAUCGAACUGGUAAUCAAUCAUUAAUAUCUUCUUAUCCAUUUCUACGUGAUGUUUAUCGUUUCGUAAAUAUGAGUGAACUUCUCAAUCGAACAGAUAAUAUUGAAAAAUAUGGACAAUUAUAUCAAAGAUUAGCUGACGAAUUUCAUCGUGUCUUUUAUAAUGAAAGUAUUCGUAGUUAUGUUGAUGGAAGUCAACCAAUGAAUAUUCUUGCACUUGAUUUACCUGAUGUUGUUCCAACACCUCUUCGUACAACAAUUGUUCAAUCUCUUGCUGAUAAUCUUAUAAAAACAGGUUACUUUACAGGGGGUAUCAUCAGUGUCAAUGCAUUGUUUCCUCUUCUGUCCAAUGAAGGACAUCAUGAUUUAGCUUUACAAUUAGCACAAAAAACAUCCUAUCCAUCGUAUGGAUAUAUGUUUAAUAAUAAUGUUCAAAAUGCAACAACAAAUUGGGAAGGUUGGGAUACUUUACCGCAAGGAGGUGCGAGUUCUCCCAAUCAUCAUAUGUUUAAUAGUAUUGGAGCUUGGUUUUAUCGAUAUUUAGCUGGUAUUCAUUUGAAUGCACUUCAAACAAUCAUAAUCCAUCCAAAAAUGUCUUAUGAUUAUCAACUUUUAACUGAGAUUAAUGCUGAAGUUGUAACGACUAAAGGAUCGGUUAAAGUUCAUUGGAAAAGAAUUUCACAAAAUCAAAUUGAUCUAUCAGUUCGUAUACCAAAUAACAUCAAUGCUAUUGUCUCAUUUGAUCGCUUGGUUGAACAAGGAAAAUGUAUGAAAUUAAUUUGUAAUAAUGAAAUCAUUUGGAUAAGAGAAAAGUUGAAUCUAUUGAAGAAUACUCUUGGUAUUAGUCAUUUAACUGAACAUCAAUCAACAGGUACAAUGUCAAUUAGAAUUGAGUCGGGUGACUACACUUUCACUGCAUAUUGGCAAUAA